GCCAUGAAGCCGGCGCUGGCCCUGCUGGCCCUGGCCCACCUGCUGGGCACGGCCGCCGCCCUGAGAAUCAGCGCGUUCAACAUCAAGGCCUUUGGAGACAGCAAGCUGUCCAACGAGACCAUCGCGGGCAUCAUCGUGGAUAUCGUGCAGGCGUACGACAUCGCUGUGGUGCAGGAGGUCCGUGACAGUGAUCUGAGCGCCGUCAGGAAACUGCUGGACCAGCUCAACAGGGCGUCUGCACAUCAGUACAGCUUUGUGGUCAGUGCACCCCUGGGCCGGGGCUCCUACAAGGAGCAGUACCUCUUUGUCUACAGGACGGGCGCGGUGUCAGUGGUGGACAGUUACUACUACGACGACGGCUGUGAGCCCUGCGGGAACGACACCUUCAGCAGGGAGCCCUUCAUCGUGAAGUUCUCCUCCCCUCAGAUGGAGGUGCGGGAGUUCGUGCUGGUGCCCCUGCACACGCCCCCCAGCGAGGCUGUGGCCGAGAUCGACGCUCUCUACGAUGUCUACCUGGACGUCAUCGACAACAUCGUGGCGAGCGGCUCCAAGCUGCAGCGCUCUGUGGUGACCGGUUCUGCCAAGGUCAACAACUUCCCCGAGGCCUUCCGCCUGCAGCUCAAGGACGCCCUCGCCGUGAGCGACCAUUUCCCGGUGGAAGUCACUCUGAGAGCCCGCUGAGCCUCGCCUUGCUCCAUCCCCUGCUAAGCCCAGCACCAGAGCCACCAGCAGAGAACCUGGACCGCAGGCGGAUUUCCUCCAGACACGCUUCCACGGCUGCUCCUUAGCCUCCUGGCAUCUACCCUCAGCUUGUGGCAGACCCCCCUGGCUGCUCCCAAACCCACCUCCCUCAGUGCUGCCUCAGCUGGCCCACCGGCAUCAUCGACCAGGCACCUGGAGCAGUGGCACAUCCGCGCCAUGGCACUGGGAGAGCCCUUGGAAAUCUUUGGUCUCAGGGCAUCCCAGAAUGCUUUGCUGGCCUUCGGGCUGGGGGAGUUGACCUGAUGGCCUACGAUUGGGUGCAAUUAACGUGGAAUGAUGGAAGGCCAUUUUAUAAGUGUUUGAUGAUUGACUAGAUGCCAGGUCUCGAGUCACAUGAGAGCCGAGGUUUGUUGUAAAGCCCCGCCUCUUGCAGUCAUGUGACGGUAGGAGGGUGUCGGCUGUAUUAAAAGAGUCACGUGGCCAGCGCUCAACUCCCACCAGGCCAAUAAACAGACCCCGCCGAGGAUUAUUUUUGAUCUCUUACCAUUUUUA